AUGCCUAUUUCCAACGGUGACGCACGUGGGCUCCUCUCCAACAAAGGGGAGUUCCUGGACCACACCAAGGCCUUGGAGGUCCUCGAGAAGGAGUAUCCGACCAGAGAUGGUCUUGAUGUCGAUACUCUGCUGGACUCGGACAAGCAUGGCGCUCUGACUUACAAUGACUUCCUAAUCCUACCAGGCUAUAUUGGCUUCCCUGCUUCGGACGUCACUCUUGAAACCCCUGUGACCAAGCGCAUCUCCCUGAAGGCUCCGCUUCUCUCCUCUCCCAUGGACACUGUCACGGAGCACAACAUGGCCAUUCACAUGGCCCUGCUGGGUGGUCUGGGUGUCAUCCACCACAACUGUUCUCCAGAGGACCAAGCAGAGAUGGUCAGGAAGGUCAAGAGAUACGAGAAUGGCUUCAUCUUGGACCCCGUCGUCAUCUCUCCCAAGACGACCGUUGCGGAAGCCAGGGAACUAAAGGCCAAGUGGGGUUUUGGCGGUUUCCCCGUAACUGAGAACGGAACACUUCGUUCGAAGCUGGUCGGCAUAGUGACUAGCCGGGAUAUCCAAUUCCACACCUCGGAUGAUGAUCCCGUCACCGCGGUCAUGACGACCGAUCUCGUCACGGCUCCUGCUGGAACGACGCUCGCGGAGGCCAACGAGGUUCUGCGUAAUUCUAAGAAAGGAAAGCUUCCUAUUGUUGAUGAGGAGGGUAACCUGGUCUCUCUGCUGUCUCGCUCUGAUUUGAGGAAGAAUCUUCACUACCCUCUGGCCUCGAAGCUUCCUCAUUCUAAGCAGCUCAUCUGCGCUGCUGCUAUUGGAACUCGGGAGCACGACAAGGAGAGACUGCAGAUGCUCGUUGAUGCUGGACUGGACAUUGUUGUUCUGGACAGCAGCCAAGGUAACAGCAUCUACCAGAUCGAAAUGAUCAAAUGGAUCAAGAAGACGUACCCUCAGAUUGAUGUUAUUGCCGGCAACGUGGUGACGCGCGAGCAAGCCGCGCAGCUGAUUGCCGCCGGUGCCGAUGGCCUGAGAAUUGGCAUGGGCAGCGGCAGUGCAUGCAUUACCCAGGAGGUCAUGGCCGUUGGCCGUCCUCAAGCUCUCGCUGUGCGCAGGGUUGCCUCUUUCGCAGCCCGCUUUGGCGUUCCCUGCAUUGCCGACGGCGGUAUCCAAAACGUCGGUCAUAUUGUGAAGGGUCUUGCCAUGGGCGCCACGACGGUGAUGAUGGGUGGUCUCCUCGCCGGUACCACCGAAUCUCCCGGAGAGUACUUUGUCAGUAACGAAGGCCAGCUUGUCAAGGCUUACCGAGGAAUGGGAAGCAUUGACGCCAUGGAGGAUAAGAAGGCGGGCAAAGGUGGCAAGGACAGCAAAGCUAAGAACGCUGGAACCGCGAGAUACUUUUCCGAGAAGGACCGCGUGCUGGUGGCACAGGGUGUGUCCGGCUCAGUCCUGGAUCGCGGUUCGGUUACCAAGUUCGUCCCGUACCUCAUCGCCGGUAUUCAGCACUCGCUGCAGGAUAUUGGUGUGAAGAGCAUUCAGGAACUCCACGAAGGCGUGAACAACGGGACGGUUCGCUUCGAAAUGCGGAGCGGCAGCGCUCAGGCCGAAGGAAACGUCCACGGCCUGCACAGCUACGACAAGAAACUCUAUGCGUAA